AUUUCCGAAAUCAUAUUAACCUUAAAAUUACUUUAAAAAAUGAAAAAUAAUUAUAUCAUUUGAUUUCAAGAUAUUUUUGUAUACCUUAAAAAUAAUUAAUUCUAUUCCGGGAUUUUCCGGGAUCCCGGGAAACAGUUCACUUUUAUCUCGGAAUCCCGGGACAAGGAAAAAGACAAAGAAAUGAGAAACCUAGAAUUUACCCACUUGUUCAAUGUUUAUCAUAUAUGCAUUAAUUCCUGUACAUAAUACCUUUAAAUAGUUAUUGUUCAAUUAAUUUUGUUAAAGCAUGUGUUUAAUUUCGUGGUAAGUUGUAUUUUUAUACCUGUUGUGUGCCUUAUUCCUUCAACACAAUACAAUAAUUCUUUUUCGUUUUUAAAUUUAGGACGCCGAUAUGGCCUUCGUUGGUUUAUUCCUGAACCCUACCCGUUUUGCAGCAGUGGAAUUUACUUCUCCAAUAGUGUUUCAGCCCGUUUUGUUUGCUGUCAAAGCUCCAGAAAAAAUUCCAAAUUGGAUUUCCAUAAUAAAACCUUUCGGUUUGAAAAUGUGGAUCGCGAUUCUCUCAACGGUAUUAUUAUUUGGAUUAGUAUUGCAUAAAGUGGUCGAACGUGAUUUCAUGACUGACGAAGUGGGAAUAUUCUGGCCACGAAGCCGUGUGUUCUGGAAUUUAUUUUGCACGUUCGUUUACCAAGGAAUUAACCUGGAUAACGUGAAAAGAUUCAAAUCCAGAUUGCUCGUGUCAAUAUGGUGCCUAUCAGUUGUAGUGUUGAUAAGUAGUUAUAGUAGAACUUUAAUGUCUUUCAUGUCAUAUCCUAUAUCCGAGUCUGUUCCAAAAACUUUUGACGAACUAGCCAUUGCUGUCGAAAAUAGUGAAUAUUCUUGUGGUAUUAAUGAAAAAUCAGCAAUAUGGAGUUACCUUAUGGUAAGAACAGAAUAACCAUAUUUGAAGUUUUUGUAUUUACAGCAAUCUGUACCUGUAAAUAGUAAACUAUUAGUUCUAAAAUUAGUAUACGAACUAUGUAAAAAAAUGCAUAAGCAAAUUUUGCAACAAAAAUUUAGUUCAAAAACUUUUGCUAGGGUAUGCUUUAUAGGGUUCUACAGGAGACAGAAUAGCAAUAACUCAACAAACACUAGUUAUUCGUUCAGCAAGAAACAUGCCUUCUGCAUAGUAUGCUUUAUGUUGUAAUGAAUGUUGCUCAGGGUGUGCCUUAACGUAUAAAAUGUCGUUUGCAAUGCUGUAAAUGUCAUUGUUUUCAGCGACUUCAAUCGUAAUAUCUAAAAUAACAUUAAGAUGUAAGUUAUCAUUGGCGUUUGUUGUUUACCGUGUUUCCAGCCGUA